GUGGUCUAUCAACAACUCAAAGACCCCUCCGGCUGGAUUGACGAUUUGCGAUACUUUAUGUGUGUGUAUACACAGACCUGUACUGUUAAUACAGGUCUGUGUGUGUAUAUCUUUAAAAAGUAGUGGCGCAAACAGGAAGUGAAGCAGGCUGAUAUUUUUUGUCUUCGGAAUCAGACAGCUGCUUCCGCACGAAGCCAUUUUAUGCCAGUUGCGAAAUAUGCGCCCGACGUCGCUUCCUCGGGGCUGACUAACUGACUGGAGCCAAAAAGGAGAAGGAAGUCUCACAUCCAUUCCCCCCUUUUUAUGUCUCAGAGUAAAUAUUUUAUUUCAUAAUUGAAUCACAUUCCCCGGGAUGGACGACUAAAGACAAAAUUAAGGGAUGCCCAUUAGGGAGAGAGGGGCUUGAAACACCAUCACACCACAGCAUUCAUCUUCUUAAAAGCAAUAUUCAUUUUCAGAUGUUAUGCCUACAAUAGUUCACCAUUUAAAAUGUCUUGUUUAACUUCCAUAAUGUUUUCAAAGUUAAGUGUUCUAGGGAAGGGUGUUUAUCACAUUCUGUGUGAACCUGACUGAGGCAUUUUUUUAAAACUCAGCACCAGACCAUUGCAUUUUUUUAAGUUCUUGUUUCCUUUUCACUCAUGGUCAGCGUGUGGGUCUUAAGUUCAGUUUCAGUUGUGUUAGCAUCUGCAGCUAGGUUUUGGGUACCCGUGCAGGCUGGGAAAUGUAGUUGUUGAGUAAUGCGUGUGACCAUGGUCACCUGAUUGUCAUGGGACUCAGUAGAGCUUUAAAAAAUAAUGCAGCUCCUGAGCUAGGGUUAUCGCGAAUAGAACAGAACAGAGCAGAACAGACCAGGUGGCUUGCCCUUCAUAGUUUUCAGUUGUGCUGUGGUGUGGCACAGGUAGGUGUUGCCGUUUCCAUUCUCUGGUAAGACCUGAUUGACCUUCUCUGCCUCCAACGUUUUGGAGCCCACAGAAAUGGGAAGAUCCUGUGGACCUUAAUGUGUGUGUGUGUGUGUGUGUGUGUGUGACAUAACCAUCUUUUAAGUUACGCUUUUUUAUCAUCUGUCACACAUAAUUCACACACAAUUCAAGCCUCUCUCCUCCAAUGGGCAUCCCUUUUUUAUUAUUAAUCUAUUCUGAAUGGAAAUCUUACAAAACAGUCCUUUCCUCAUGGGGCUGUGUCGAAACAGCGCCCCGACAGACUUGCAAUAUGACCACACCUCAGAACUUUUCCGCAUAUCCACAUUUGCCAAAUUCCCCACCUCCGCGCCAGUGACGGAGAGGAGCCUGGCUCGCGCAGGUUUCUACUACACAGGCACUGGCGACCGCGUCCAAUGCUUCCGCUGCAAGGCCAUCGCCGACAACUGGCAGCAGGGCGACUGCCCCGCCGAGCGCCACAAGCAGCUCAGCCCCACCUGCCCCUUCAUCCAGAGCCUGCCCUCCACUGCCAACCUGCUCUCAUCCUCCCAUUCCGCGUUCUCGCCCUUGCGUAACGUCACUGCGCUCCAGAUGCCCGCCCCCGUGGCAGGAGGGGCGGCAGCUGCAGCAGCAGCAGUAGCUGCAUCGGCAGCGGCGGCCCCCGCAUCAGGCCAGUCUGACGAACAGGUGGGCUACCUCAACAUGGGCUUCAGUAACCUGGCCCCCUCCAGCCCGCUGACCUCACGCGGCGGCGUGGAGGACAUGUCCCACCAGCGGCCGCAGACCUGCCACAACCCCAGCAUGCGGCGAGAGCAGGACCGCCUCGACUCCUUCCAGAGCUGGACGCUGACCACCAUCACGCCGGCCGAGCUGGCCAAGGCCGGCUUCUACUACCUGGGGCAGGGAGACCGCGUCGCCUGCUUCACCUGCGGUGGCCAGCUGAGCAACUGGGAGCCCGGCGACCGCGCUGUGUCCGAGCACCAGAGGCACUACCCCAACUGCCGCUUCGUGCGAGGGGACAGGACGGAGAACGUGUCGCUGGCUGAGGCCGGAGCCCUGACCAACGUGUCUAACUCGGCCAUGCAGCAGUGUGAUGAGAGGUUGCUCACGUUCGUCAACUGGCCCUCCAGGAUACCUGUUCGUCCAGACCAGCUGGCCAAGGCUGGGUUUUACUAUGUUGGUCGGAAUGAUGAUGUGAAGUGUUUUUGCUGUGAUGGAGGACUAAGAUGCUGGGAGUCUGGUGAUGACCCAUGGGUAGAACAUGCCAAAUGGUUCCCCAGGUGUGAAUAUCUUUUACAAGAGAAGGGCCAAGAAUUUGUCCACCAAAUUCAAGCCAGGUUCCCAAGGCUCUUCGAACAGCUAUUGACAAAUGGAGAUGGUAAUUCACGGGAGAUUGGUGAUCCACCAGUUGUGCUUCUGGGUCCAGGAGAGGACCGCUCAGAGGAUGCCAUCAUGAUGAACACACCUGUGGUGAAGUCAGCCCUUGAGAUGGGCUUUGACCGCAAUCUGGUUAAGCAGACAGUGCAAAGCAAAAUCCUGGCCAGUGGAGAAAACUAUAAGACUGUGCAGGAGCUGGUUUCAGACCUGCUGAGUGCAGAGGACGAGAAGAGGGAGGAAGAGAAGGAGCUGUUUGCAGAGGAAAUGGCUUCAGAUGGCUUCACCUUUUUGAAAAAGCACCACACAGCCCUCACACAGAGACUAAAAAGUGUAAAAACUCUGAUGGAACAUUUACUCGAAGAGAAUGUGAUUUCCCAAGAAGAGUAUGAUACAAUUAACAACUGCAGUACAGUGAAGCGACAAACUGCCCAGCUCAUUGACUUGGUCCUGACGAAGGGGAACGCCGCAGCAGAAGUCUUCAGAAAUUGGAUCAAAAAGAAUGAUGUGUUCCUCUUGAGAGAUCUAAUGGCCCAGGCAAGUGAAGCAACAUCACCGAGUCAAGAUCUUUCAGAUUUACCCAUGGAGGAACAGCUGAGAAGGUUGCAGGAGGAGCGCACCUGUAAAGUGUGCAUGGACAAGGAGGUCAACAUUGUUUUCAUUCCCUGUGGACACUUGGUGGUUUGCAAGGAGUGCGCCCCCUCACUGCGGAAGUGCCCCAUUUGCCGAGGCGUUGUGAAGGGCACAGUUCGCACCUUCCUCUCCUAAAUAUAUCCAUCUCCUGAAAGCCUUUCCUCCCUUCUCUAACAGCAUAUCAGACAUAUUGCUUCCAGCAUAUCGUUAAACACAAGUAAAGUUCAUGAAACAAAA